GUGGACUUCCGUAGUUAGCUAAACGUUAGCUUGAUUGUUGUCACCUGAAGGACACAAACUAUCACCUUUCCAAACCAGUAAACACACAUUUUUGCAACUAACUAACUUUUGACACGUUGCCGCUUUGCUCCCCAACCAGAGAUGUCUCCUAAACCGCUGGCACCGCUGGCCAAAAAAUUGAUGAAGGUCGUCAUUGUUGUUGAACUACUUGGAGUCUUUGGAGCCUACAAACUCUUUGACAUGAUGAACAGCAGCCAAGAUUUGAGGAGCAGGUUGAGCAGAAGGUUUCCAUCCAUUUUAGAAGUUUACUACAAGUCCAACGAGCUGGCGGGCGUUUACGGCGUGCGCGAGAAAGACCAACUGGACUGGACGGCCACGCAGGACUGACAACUACUUCCUGUUCCAGUUCCCGCCUGCCCGUCUUGGGUCGGCCCAUCUGCUUCCUCUUGUUGAAGACUGUCUUUCUUCCCGUGCAGCGUCUUGGCGUGGAGGUUGUGGUCUAGUCGUCACGUUGAGUGUCCUACUCGAUGCCUCAGCAUCACAGGAAGUACCCUGACAUCACUUCCUGCUGUCGGUGUAAAUGUCUAACGUGCUACUAGCUCACUCAAGUGCCGCUGCUUGGAAUGUGGAGAUGAGCUGAACGGACUUUCACAACAAGUUUGGAAGAUGCUGACUCAGACAUCAACAGCGUUGGUCAUGCUGGCUAUUUAUGCUUGCACUUGUAGUAAAAAUAAAGUAAGAAAUGACAUGUACAUAAGUAUUCACAGUACAUAAGUAUUUACAGCCUUUGUACCAUGGACCACUCCAUCCAUACCACAUCCCCACCCCCACAUAAACUGCACAUUUUGGAGAGGCCUUUUAUUGCGGCCAGCCUAAGGCACACCUGUAAGAGGAAGUGUACAUUUCUAUUUAUUAUUCACAUUACAAUAUUUGUGUAAUAUUUCCAAAUCAUUUAAAUAUGUUUACAUGUCAAUCAUAAACCACCUCUUAUAUUGCAAAAGCAACGGCCACUUUCCAUUGGUCUUUGAAGUCACACCAAAUUCACAUUCAAGCCCCGCCCCUGAUGACAAACUCCUUCCUGUCUUCCUGUUCAGUGUCUUUUUACCAGACUGGCCUGCCGGUGGCGCAGAAGCCCAUGCAGUGUAUGUCGCGCACGUGCGUGCACGUGCAGCGACCCACUUCCCUCCU